AUGAAAAUAUAAUUAAUUAAUUUAAGUGUGAAUGAAAAUAAUAAUCAACUAAAUUUCUCUAUUUGUUCAAGGCACUUUGAUUUUAGAAUAAUUCAUUUGGAGUUUACCUUUGAUAAUAUAAUUCUCUUUGGAGUCAUAAACGAACUGCAAAAUAUAGCAUAAAUUGAUAUGCUGUCUAGUAAAAAGCUUUUCAGUACAUCAUCUGAUUUGAAUUUUAUUAUGAUAUUGGCUAGACCCAAUAUAUACUUUUAAAGUUCAACCAUAUCAUCUUAUAUACUAUUUGUAUAUUAAUGCAUUUUUUUUCUUUGUUGCAUUUGCCUUAUAUAUAUAGUUAAAGCUAGAUCAGAAAAUUUAGUCAAUGAAUUGAAAAUUGCCUUUAACACGAACAUUUAUAUAAAGUUACUUUUUAUCUUUUUACAUGUCUCAAUUAGAACAAUUAAAUAAGGGUUUGGAUACAUAAUAAUAGACAUCUGUUUUUAGACGAUAAAAUAAAAUAUAAACGAUAUCAUACAAGUUUCUCUUUCCUUUAUUAUCAUUUUAGGAAUUGAUAUUUUAAUUCUUUUUUUUACAAAAAUGUUCUCCUAUAAUUGGGCUUUAGAUUUUUAGAGGCAACAUUUAAUCAUAAAUGAAUCAAGUCUAAUUUAUUAUAGAGUUUUUAUAAAACUUUUAUAGCUAUCUUUUGUAUUUUAUGAUUAAGAUUUUUAAAUAUUUCGAAUCACAUAAACACUAUUACCAGUGAUAUCAUCACUUAUAUAAAUAUAUUAAAUGCAAAAGCUAAAACAAUUAAUCUAUGAUUACUAUUAUAAAGUCAUAUUAGCAAUUAAUCUGAUCAUUAUAACACUAUGUUUAAAUCAUUUAAUGUAUGAAUUAUUUUCAUAGUAUUAAUUUUAAGAAAUUUGGAUAUUACUAUUUAUAGUACCUUUUUAUUGUUUUAUAAAUUAAAUUAAAAGGCAUUUUUAAGAACAUUUUAUAAAUUUCUAGAAUUCUAGUAUUGAAAACAGUAAUUAUGUUUUAUUUUAGAUCAUUUACAAUAUGAAUAGAUAAAAGGAUAGUUUUAAUUCAGAGAUAAUUUAUUUAAUGUUUUUAUAAAAACAUUCUUAAUCAUGUAAUAAUCUUUAAUGUGCAUGUUAAAAAAGACUUUAAUCAAACAAUUUUUAAUAAAUCUCUUACUAAAUUUUUUUUAAAGAUCUUUUGUAACAAUAUGAAAAAUAAAUAUCUACAAUAUCGUUUAAAUGUACAUAAGACUAAAUCAUAUUUAGUUAUUUUCAGUUAUUAUUUUUUUUAAAGCAAUACCUUACUAAUAUUUCUAAAUAAUAUUUCAAAAAUCAAACAGAGCUAAAAUUCAAGAUUAAAUUUUAAAAUCAGAAAAUUCUAACUUCAAAAAAAAAGUAUUUAAAAUUCAUAAUUUACAUAAAUUAUUUAUAUUAAAAGUAGCUCAAGAUUUAAUGCGAUUAGAUAUUUUUUCAAAAUUUUCCUCUUAAAAAAAUAGUGAAUUAUUUGAUUCUUAAAAGAACCAUGCAGCCAUUAAAGAAUUUCUUUAAGCAGAAUAACAAAUUCUUGAAAUUAAAGAAAUUCUAAUUUAGGUUUUGUAAUAAAAAAUCAAUUACAUGGAAAAAGUUUAUUCAAAUAUCUCUAAAUAAUGUCUAGAAAAAUUAGCUUAUUAAUCAAUAUAAAACUAAAUAGAUGGACUAAAAUAGUUAAGGAUUUGUUUUAAACAAAAAUCAAGUAUUAAAAUAUUUAUAUUUUAUAGAUUAGAAAUCACAAAAUAUAUUGAUGUUUUAUCAUAUAGAAAUAUUGAAUGAUAUUAUUUCUCCAUAAAAUCAAAAUUCAACAACUAGUUGUAAAUUUUCAAAUUUGAUAGUUUAAAUAAACAAUAAGUCGAGUAUCAAAAUUUUGAAAUGCAGCUAUAAUCAAAAAGAUAAGUUUGAUAAAUUAGAUGUAUUAAGCCUUUAAGAUAUGAUUCCAAAUUAUAUUUAAGUUUCUCACAUGAAAUUAAUAGAAAAUUUUAUUGCAGGUGAUUAAAAUAAAUUUUAUUAAUAAAUUAAUGAAUCUUACAUUUAGGUUUCGCCAUGUUUGUGCAAAAAAAAAUUGAUUUACUAAUGGAUUUAAGUUUAUUAAACUUAACAUCUAUCGAAAUGAUUUUAUUUUUUUGUAAAAAAAAAGAUAAUUAGUUUAGUAUUUUUUUAGAUGACACAAAAAGAAUCAUUAAUAUAGAUGAAGAACUUUUUACUGAUAUAUUAAAUAUUGAUGGAGUUUUCGCUUAAUAUUUCAUUGGAUUGGAAAUAAAUGUCAUUUUUGAGAAUUUUAACUAAUUAACAUAUGAUUAGAUUUAUAAUUAACAGAAUUUUUAUUUUGUAGAUCCAAAUAAAAUAAAUUCAUCUAAUCUUAUAAAAUCCUAAUAAAGAAAUAUUCAGUCAUAAUGGAAUUACACUGAAUCUUUAAUAACUUAUUAAUGCAAUUUAUUAUUAGCUAGAAAAAAAAAUGAGUUUGGAUCUAAUUAUUAUGAAAUUGUAUUAAAAAAUCCAAAACAUAAAAAGAGUAAAGAAGAAACCUUUAAUCAUUAAUUAAAACAAUCAGAAAAUUUAAUUCCAUUUACACCUUAUGAUGAAUCUAUUAUUGUAGAUAAACCUUUUGUUAUAGAUUAGAGUUUACAUAAUGAAAAGUUAUAUAGCUAAUAGUUUGUAUUAAAAUCUGAAAUAGUAUAUUAAAAUAUAAUUUAAUCAGAUAUUUAAUAAGAUGAAUAAUUUGUUUUUAAGAAAAAUAAUGAUGAAGAAUAGAACAUGAGUGAAGAAAUAGAUUUAAAUACAGUGAGAUAAAAAGAAAAACUUAAAAAAUUAAAUACUGAAGGAAUAUCUUCUUAAUAAUCUGCAAUUUCUGUCAUGUAAAAUUCGAUUUUUUAUCGAUAAUUUUCUCUUGUAAAUGAACUGGUAAAUUCUUAAAAAAUUCCUUUGAUUUUUAGAAGAAUGAUUUGUUUCAGAAUAUUUUUGAUUAUAAUAUCUAUUGUUGGAUUUAGUUUGGUAAUACUUUAUAUUAAAUUUAGUAUUUAUAUGAAAUUAAUUUGUUUCAAUAUUUUCAGGAAGAUUUCAAAUUAUUAAGUAUGAAAAAUGAUAUAUUUUAUCCAAUAUUGUCAUUUUAAUUGAUUCGAUUAUCAAUAGUAAAUUAUAAUGUUGAACUAUUUUAUAAAUUAAUUACCUAAUAAUAAUUUUUGGAAUUAUUAAUUUAUCCUAAUUCUAAAUUAAUUGGAAGUUAUGAAAAAUUAAAGAUUGGAAUUUCUAAUAUAGUAUCUGAACCUAUUUUCUUUACUCUUUAUCAUGAUUAAUUCUUAAAUUUAUAAUUUAUAUAAAAAGGGAAGCUGGAAAAACUAAUGAACUUGAUCUCCGUAAUAGUUUGAUAAUUUUGCUAAAUUAUUAAUUUGAUACUUAGAAUGCCUAUAUUGAAAAAGGAUAAGCUGAUUAUGAAAGUUCUUACUUUUAUUAUAAUUACAAAAAUAUGGAUACAUUAUUAAAUGCUUUUAAUAACGCAAAUGCAUUAGCCUAUGAUAUUUAACAAACCAAUUUAGAGAAUUUUUAGUAGGAGAUAAUAGUCAUCUUUUUACUUUAUUUUUUUUUUUGAUAUUGAUAUAAUUCAUCAUAUCAUUUUCUCAUCUUGUAUUUUAAAUAAAGUAAGAAAAACUCAAGCAUUUACUUUUCAAUUAAGAUUAAAGUUUCUUAAAUUUAGAAAUUUAAAGGUUAACUUUACUAUAAGAGUUGAUUGAUUAGGACUACUCUCAAGUCUAAAAUUAUAAACUUAAUUUUUAAGAAAAAGACAAGUAUUUUGUUAAAAUGAAAUCUUUGUGUAAUAAACAAUCGAAAGAUUAAAUGAAAAGGAAAGCAGUAAUAGGGUAAUAUUAUAAUAUUAAAGCAAUUAUACUUACUUUAACACAUUUUGUGAUUUUGGCCUUAACAUUUAGUAUUUUGACAACAAAAGUUCAUGAGACAUAUUCGAAAAUAAAAAAAACUGGUUAAUUAUAUGAAAUUUUUGCUAAUUUAAAUAUAAAUAUUUUAAGUUUGUAUCAAUCAAGAGAAGUUUUAUAUUAUAAAAUUGCAUUGCCAUUUUUAAAUUAAACAGAUUUUGAUUAAUAUUAUAAAAUUGCUUAAAAUGGAUUAGCAGGAAUUGAAUAAUAUAUAGAUAAAUAAUGGGAAUUUUAAUCAAAUAAUUAUUUCUUUGAUUCAGAUACUUUUAGCCUUUUAAUUAAGUUCAGUGAUGAAAAUUUAUGUGAGGAAUUACUGGUAAUUCUAUAUUUAAGAAAUUAGUAUAUAGACAAAUCUUUGAGUAUUUGUAACACGACUUUAGGUGGGGUUUUGCAGAAAGGAUUUUCAUCUGCUUUGAUCGAUAUCAAAAAUUAGAUAAUAACUGAAUUUGAAGAUACAAAUUUUACAAUUCGAAAAAAUUACCCAAUUUAAGAAUUAGAAGGAAUUACGAUUUUGAGUUAUGGUUUAUAAUACUUAAUAGAAAGGUUUUAUGAAGAUUUAUCUUCAAAUAAUUAUAAAGUGGAGGUGAUCUAUAAUGUAAGAUAUAAGGUAUUAUUUAGAUUAUAACUAUAAUUUGUUUAUGUAUAUCAUUAAUAAAUGGAUUAGUAUUAUUAAAAUUUGAUUAAAUGAUAUUAUCGAGAAAAUAUAAACUAUUGACUAAAUUUAUUUAUUCUGUUCCUUUGGCAUCAAUUUUAUUUGAUGAUAACUUUUUAAGGAAUACUAGAAGUUAUUUUGUGAAUUAAAAAUUGAUUUGA